CGCUUAGUUUUGCCUGCUUCAACGCUACGUAUAGGAUAUCAGAAAAUACUAUUCUGCUCCGUUAAAUCUACGUUUUGCCACUCCGUUAUCCGUUUGUCAUCUAUGAAGACGACAUCGCGGAAGGUGUAAGCGUAACUAACCGUAACUCAGAAAAACAUUUUUCCCGUUUGCUAACUCUUCACAGUGAAACGACAUAUGAGGAUAUGAUGGUGAAAUGUCUCCCCCCGGUGAGUCUGGAUGAAAUGACGCCGUUAUAGUGAAAAUUGCGCCAUCUGCUUGCGGUUUAAUGUUAUGACAUCACGAUUUCUUUGUCACAGUGUGUGUAUGUGUGUGUGUGUGCUCCAUUAAACUGUAAAAUAAAAACCCUCUCCAUGUGUUUGAAAUCAUAACACUUUUUAUUUUUUAUCACAGGUUCAAAUAUUGAGCACCAAGCCUUUGACGCUAUUAAUACACAGGCCGCGAUUGAUCCAGACAGCGCAGUCGACGAUUUUAUCCAAUUCAUCACACAACCCGCCUUUCAGACAGUUAUCGAUCUCACGCAAGAUGGCGACGAAGAUCCCACCGUCAACGUAACAGACAACAUCCCGCCUGAUUCCGCUCCGGCCCACAUCGAGAAUCCAAUAGGAUCCUGCGACGAAUCACUCCCUGGACCCGCCGACGAACCAGCGAGAAAGAAGACUAGAAAAACGAAUCGCCCCACCUCUCCGGUCAGUCCUGGACCGUGUGACGAACCACCAAGAAAGACUUAUCGUUUUACACCGGUGGUCCGACCUGAAUCGAACGGCGAACUACCGAGAAAGGCUUAUCGUUUUACCCCGGCGAUCAGUCCCGAGAGCCCUCCAGAGAGGAAAACUCUCUGUCCGGUACCAACGAACAGCCCCGCGACCAGUCCUGAGACCGAUCUGUUUUAUGACUCGAGUAGAACCCAUAAGGAUGACGUGACUACCUGGGGCAUGUCUCAAAUCGAUGCCUGGGACCAGAGUUCUUGGACGAGCGAGCGUGACGAGGUGUCUACCACCAACGCGGGUCAAACGCCAUAUCCUUCUCCCUCACCGUCGUCGGAAGAAGUAGAAGUGGAAGAAGUGCCGGCGCCUCAGCCGGUUGACGAAUCAUUCGAUGAUCUGCCUCCGUUUCAUAGCCCCAUUAAUUCGAUUCAGUCAUUCGGUCAAGUGUUUCGCGAUGCGCAGGUUGACAUAAACAACAAAUAUGUCGAACUCCGCGACGUACAAGAUGAUAUUAACAACAAAUUGAUCGCGUUGGGCAAUGAGUCUCGCGACAGACAAAUCGAAACCCUUAGCAGAUUAGACGCGCUGCACGGUGAGCUCCGUGCGUAUCACCUCGAGACACGCAGUCGAUUUGAUGCUCAGGAUCGCUUUAUUCAGGAUCUGGCCAAUGAAAUAUUCCAACGCGUCAAUGCUAUGAGAUCGGCGAUUGAUCAGCAGUUUGAUAGAAAUGAUCGUACGGUGACUCAAUACCAAAGGGAAUUGAUGCUAAUAUUGCACCACCUCAUUCUCACCAUCGUAUAUGAGACCGCGGAGUCAAAUUGAAUAUAGACGUAUUCAGAGUAAUUCUUAUAUUCCAUCUAUACUUUGUUUACAUAUAAUCAGAUAUUUCAAGUAUUUCUUAUAUCUCACGUCUGCUAUGAUUGUUUAAAUAUUUCAUGUAUGCUUUUUAUACUUUGUUUUACAUAUAUAAUCCGAUAUCUGCUUUUAUACUCUGAUUUGUCAUAUAUGCUUUUGUAUUCUGAUUUUGUAAUAGUUCAUGUAUGCUUUUUUAUACUCUAUGAAAUGUGUAAUAGUUCAUGUAUGCUUGUUUUAACUCUAUGAUUUUGUAAUAGUACGUGUUUUGGUCUGAAAUCUAAAAAAAAAUGGACGGUUCAGACGACUUACGUCAAUCCUCCACAGAACUGACGCCGGACGAGAUCGAAAUGCUAAGUUUACUUCCGGACUCUUUAGAACAGUAUUUGUUUAAUCAAGAAUCCCCUCCUAUUUUGGAUCUUUUUGAAUUAGCCGUAAAUCCAAAUAUGAAUUUGUUCGAUCCUCUGCUUAGCCUAGACACCGAUCCCGUUGUACAACACGGCGGUGUUUUAAACACCCUACCGGCGGCGUGUACCGAGGCUGAUCCUGACAACACAGACCACCCUGACGGUAAUGAAACUCCGCAAGCGUCCACAUCAGGUAACGUCGACCCUACUACACAGACUCGAUUAAGCCGUACAGACGUUGACAGGUUGAUUCGCGAGGGUGGUGACGUUAACGGAUAUCAUGUUUUACCACGACCUCGUUUCAAUAGCGUGACAUUGAGAAGGACUACGAAUCUGAGAGAGAUUAACUCUACAGAUUUAGCCUCUUACCACGCCCGGUUACACGGCAUGCUUACCGGAAUUGUGGAUUUCGCUAGGGAAUUUGACCAAAAUUCUCCGGUGAUCAAUAUCACAUUGACGGCUCCCAGUUUACAGACGCCCGUUAGCGGGAUUUUAACCCGCGGUAAUAAUUACGACGCGGAUGGGUUUAUGGAUCAAAUUGAAAAAGUUUUACAGAGCAACGACCGGUUACUAUCUGACCAAACCGUAGAAUUUGAAGCUUCCGUAGCCAUGAACAGACAAGGCGGGGGUCGUCGGAAACUCACGGACUUGGCUGUCGACGAGGUGAUCAAAAGGAAAAAGACGAGUUUAUUUUGCCCGAUCAAUAUUUCAAAUAAUUUGUGCUUCUCCAUCUGUCUCGCCCGUUUUCUAAACCCCCAACGUCCCGAGAGCGAGUUAGAAAAACUGGCUUCCGUCAUCCAAAACAGCGUCGGCUUCUCAAUCCAAGACCGAAUCGGUCUCGGCGACAUAGCCUCGUUCGAACGAGCGCUAGACAUUAAAAUCGUCGUAUUUCACAGAUCUAACGCCAUGAUCUUAGAAACCUACAAAAAUUCUGACGAACCCCAUCCAAAAACGGUCUUUCUGUAUCUCCAUGACGACCACUACUACAUGAUAACGAGUUUGAAGGCGUUCCUCGGCUCACCAUAUGUGUGUCCAUUUUGCUACAAAUCUUACAGCAACCUCAGAUACCAUCGAUGUAAGCACGUCUGCAACAUCUGUUUCGACGCGGAAUGCUACAGGUUCCAAGCGAGAAACCUACAUUGCCCCGAUUGUUUGCGUUACUGUAAAUCGGCUUAUUGUUUCGAAAUGCAUAAAAAAAACCCGCCUCCCGGUCAGGAAUACCCCGCCUGUGAUAUGAUCAAAUACUGCAAACUAUGUAACCGACGUUACGACGUUAAACCGGGGAACCAGAAAACCAAACACAUAUGCGCCCCAGACAAAUGUGUGCAUUGUCGAGAGUCUCUGACGGACGAUGGAGCACAUCAAUGCUUUAUACAACCUCUAGAGCUUAAGGAACCGUGUGAAAAGUAUAUUUUUUACGACUUUGAAUCGCGUUACGAAAACGGACGCCACGAGGCUAAUUUUGUCUGUGCCAUGACGUUCAAAGGUCAGAAAUUUACCGCCUACGGCACGGACUGUAUCGCUAAGCUAAUCAAGCGCUUCAGACAACCCCGAUACAAAGGCUACUGCUUCAUCGCUCAUUACGCCUCCAGAUUUGAUGCCUUUCUAAUUCUGGAGUAUUUUUGCAAAGCGGGGAUCGCGCUCGAGGUCAUAAUGCAAGGGUGCAAACUACUCCUGAUGUACGACGACGCAUUUGCCCAACGAUACAUCGAUAGCUACUCAUUUUUCCCAUUCGCUCUCGCCAAAAUGCCCGCUGCGUUAGACUUGACGACGACUGAAAAAGGCUAUUUCCCCCAUCUUUUCAACAGGGUGGAAAAUGAGAACUACGUCGGACCGUACCCUGACAAAAAGUUCUACAACUACGAGAACAUGUCGGAUAAAGCCCAAGAAAAGUUUGACGCGUGGUACAGCACGGUCAAGGGUGAGCUCUUUAACUUCAAGAAAGAACUGUACGACUACGGCGUUAACGACGUCGUGUUAUUACGUGAAGGCUGUAUGAAGUACAGGACGUCAUUCCUACAGUGCACCCAACUCGACCCUUUUGCGUUCACCACGAUCGCCAGCUGCGCAAUGGGGGUCUUCAAAACACAUUAUCUCAGCAGAAACACGCUAGCCCUGACGCAUAACAAGGCGUACAUCCAUCAGAAUAAGUCCUACUCGAGCGGUUCGAUCCAAUGGCUCGAGUAUAUAAAAAAGACUCGAAACGUGGACGUUCAUCACGCCGUAAACCACGGCGAGGUAUCGAUCGGUAAGUUCUUUUUAGACGGCUACUACGAGCAGGACGGCGUCAGGCACGGUUUAGAGUAUGGGGGGUGUGUUUUCCAUGGGCAUUGCUGUCGUUUUGAACCCAAUCACCGUCCGUUAGACCUUAUAAAAGAAAAAAAGGGAGGAGAUAUUCACUUCCCUCGGGUGGAGAUUUUGAAGACUCGCCGUUUAAAUCGCCGACUAUCGACCUACGACAAUGGCUGGAAAUGUAACGACUCCUUAGAUCGAGCAUUCAUUCAUUUGUAUCUUAUGAUUAAAUAAAUAAAAGACGAUGAGAAAUAUAAUGGUUUAAGCUUUUUUUUUUUUUUAUUUAUACGUCAAACAUGUCUGCACACAAUGAACGCACGAUAACAUUUUAUCAUUACAAACAUGCGGUCUCAAUCUCUUCACAAAGAGGGACACCAUUUUAUCAUUUCUAAUAUAAUCAUCAGUGUAUAGUUUCAUCACGUGGCUAUAGUCGCGACCUCUGGCUAGAUGAUAUAGAAAAAACACACAGUGCUGUCCGCAGGUAUCCGAUGAAUAAUCCUGGACGCGUCUGUCGGAGUAUAAUACGUCUACGUCGUUGACGUCUAGAAAGUUAUUGAUGCUGAUUGGAAAGCGGGGGCUGUCGGGCGGAUUGCCGAAGCUGUCGAAAAAACAAGCCGUCCCCUCUCGCGCUAAAUAAACGGCUAGCCAAUGCUCCCCCCGCGAUCGAGAGGAGUGGGUAUUAACGAUGCAGAACGACGGUAAGAUCCCCAACGGUUUUUUGGGUAGUUGAUCGCUCGGCAGAACCCCGAGAAAAUGAGUCCCGCACGCUAUUUUAUCCGCGAUAGCUGUGAGUUGUAGCGUGUUCAUCUCUCAGUAGUGAUCGAUCAGUACCUGUCUACGGUUAGACACUUCAAUGAGGCUGUCGAAUACGGCGUAGAUUAUUAAAUUAACGGUAUUCGGCAGAGCUUGUCUGAAACGAGCUUCUACUCUGAUGUUCCCGGACUUGAUGAGGGAAAUGUGCUGACCGCAGUCCUCGUCCGGCGUCAGGUUAAAUGCGUAGAGCGUGUAUCCGUUCAGGAAAUCAUUCCUGCUGAUACAGAGCGGUCGAUCUUUAAGAUGUCUCCCGGUCG